UUAUAUCGUUUUGGUCCUCCCGGCUUUCCGUAACACGCAGUCUCACAUGUACAAACUGGUGCCAAAGUGAAAUCCUUCUGUUUGAACGACAAAAUCUCCAACCGACUCGUAUCAAAUCUAUAAACAGUCAUGCCUGAAGAAAUGUCGCCAGUUGAAGUGAAAGUGGUUCGACAAAUUGAGUACUACUUUGGUGAUCACAAUCUUAUAAGAGACAAGUUUCUCAAAGAACAACUUCAGCUUGAUGAUGGUUGGGUCACUUUGGAGACAUUGCUCAAAUUUAACAGAUUGAAAUCUCUAACCUCUGACACCGACGUCAUCGUUUCCGCACUCCAGAAAUCAACCAGCGGCCUUUUGGAAAUCAGCGAGGACAAGACAAAAAUCAGGAGGUGUCCAGAAAAGCCUUUACCUGAAUUGAACGACGAGUACAAAGAUGCUGUCAAACACAAAUCUGUCUACAUGAAAGGUUUUCCCUUGGGAACCUCCCUUGAUGAGAUCCAGGAGUGGUUGAAUGGAAAAGGCAACAUAGAAAACAUUCAAAUGAGGAGAGAUAUGGAGAGGCAGUUCAAGGGAUCAAUCUUUAUCUGCUUUGACACCGACGAGUCAUCCAAGCAGUUCCUUGAACGUACGGACAUCAAAUCAUUCAAAGACAACGAAAUGCUCGUGUUGUCAAGGGAAGCCUACCAUGCAAAAAAAGCAGAAGAGAGAAAACAACACAAAGCAGAGACAAAAGCAAAAGUGAAACAGGAUAAAGAACAGCAAAAGAAACACACGGAAGAGAAAAAUAUGGAUGAGCUCAUGGAAGAAUACUCGGGUUCCUUGUUAAAUUUCUCCGGCGAGCUGCAAGAUGUUUCCAGAGAAGACUUUCAUGACGUGUUCUCGGGGUACGGACGAAUCAAGUGGGUUGAUUUUACGAGAGGAGCCAAAGAGGGCACCCUCCUGUUCGAUGGAAAUGCAAAGGAAGCUUAUGAGAAGGCCAAAGAGGCAAAUGACGGAGAUCUCCAAGUAAAGAAUAACGUGGUGACGUGGAAGCUGCUCGAAGGGGAGGAGGAGAAAGAGGUCCUGAAAAAGAUCAUUAAAGCACAACAGGAAUCCCGGGGUAAAGAAAGAGGCAGGGGAAAAUUCGGCGGUAGAGGAAGAGGAGGUCGCAGAGGAAAAGGGGGAAGAGAUCAAAGCAGAACUCAAUACCAGGGCAAGAAGACGAAGUUUGCUAGCGAUGACGAGGAGGAGGAGGCUCCGGCGCCCGCGGCCCCGAAGAGAGAGCUUGAGGAAGCCGAUGGUCCUGCGGCAAAGGUGGCCAAAACUGAAAAUGGAUCUUAGUAAGGCCACACUCGGAUCUUUUAGUUUGGAGAAAAUGUUUAUUAUAUACAGAGGCAAACAAGUCCAUUCCACUCAAAAGCUUCAGGUUUUGGAGAAGCGUAGGAAGUCCACCUGAAUGUCAACCUGGAGAACAAUUUGCAAAGCUUGGUGUCAGUUUCUUUUUUUUUUUUUUUUUUUUUGCUUUUUAAGUCCACCUAUGUUUCGCUUCGGAACAUUUCAUUUUUAUGAUGUACAACUUUCUCCUCCUGAUUGUAAAUUAAUUUUAACAGAACACUUUGAGUUGGAUCUCUAAAAUUCCUCGUGUGACAAAAAUCUUCCCUACAUUAAGAAAAAAAAAAGCUUUGCUUUUUUUACGUUUUCAUUGUGACUCGCAAAUAAACCAUGUAAAACAAUCU